AUAAUCGGAGAGAAUCCGCCAUUUGCGAUCGUUCGCUGCAUUCGUUUGCAUUUCGUUCCGCUUGUUGUGAUCUUGUCAGCUUUUCUUCAUAUUACGCGUAGUGUCAUCAGUUUGCAUUAGGUACACAAUGGCAUAUAAUCGUGGAGUGAAAAGAGAUUCCUUUAAUCGAGGGACUUUCAAUCGGGGUGUUAGUGGAGGUGGUGGUAAUAGAGUUGGCAAUAACAGUGGCAUGGGAAGUAACAUGGGCGGAGGACUAAGUGGGAGUGGUGGUAUGGGUGGAAUGAAUCCCUGGGAGGGUGGCAUGAUGCCUGGCAGAGGCAUCCUGCCUACACCCAACAACAAUCUCUCCUUGGCAUCGCCGCAGGCACAACUAGCAAUCGCCAGCAACCUCCUUACAAAUUUACUCCGUAGUCAGCAAGAGGCGCAACCACAGCAGGUACCGUCUCUUAUGAGUCUGGGAAAUAAUUAUUCUGGACCUGGACCAAAUUAUCCCACUCAGCAGAAUUAUUCCUCCGGACGAUUCGGAUCUAACGAUCGACCGGCACGGCAUCCCAUGAAGAAUCAACGUCCUCAGCCAUACAACAAGAUGGGCAAUCGAGCCCGAGAUGGCCCCGCUGGGCGACGUGGCCCAUCCGCACAACAAUCUCGUGCACCCCAGUCUGGCAGUCAACGUAUGAACGGAAACCAAAUACAACAUCGCAACGAUAAAUCUUCUAAACCAAUUCCUGCCUCUAAACAAAAUCAGACUGCCAAAAAGGAACAGCAGGAUGUUAAGACCUCUGAUAGCGAAAAAGCAGAACCGCCUGUUCCGAAAAGCAGUGAUGCAGAUGAGUCUGAAGAUAAGAAGCGCGAUUGGAAGGAUGAGAAAAACACGGAAGAAGUAAAAGUUGAAAAAAUGGAAGAUGAAAAAAUGGACGAUAGCGAGAAAAACGUGGAGAAGUCGGCUGAAGAUUCUACGAAAGAAGCAAAGGAUACCUCUGAGAAAACUGAAAAAGAGAACAUGAAAACGACUGGCAAGAAAUCGGAAGUUAGACACGCUGAAAGUCGUUACUCCGAAGUUCCGAUGAACCAUAUGUUUUGUCAUAUUUGCAAUAAGCAUAUGUGGGAUGGAUUUUCCUUCGAAAAUCAUUUACGCGGACGUGCACAUCAACUGAUGAUGGAAAAGUUGGAUGAAUCGUACAAAUUGAAAGUCGAUUUAAUGAGACACGAGCUACGAGUUGCUGAGGAGCAGCGUGAACUUAGUUUGAACAAUUCGAAACGACGUGGUAAAAAAGUCUCUGUAGAUUUCAAUGUGAGAGAAUAUUGUACAAUGUGCGAUCUGAAUUUUUAUGGAACCUUAUCUACACAUAGGAAGAGCGAAAAGCAUCAACAAUUGAAAACAUUUUUGCAUCCUCGAUGCUUUCCUUGUUUAAAAGAAUUUCCGUCUCGCAUAGAAUAUGACGAGCACUGUUUAACACCGGCUCAUAUGAAGAAUGCCGUUCAAUGCGAGGAACAACGGAAAAAUAAAAAGAAAGAAAAACUGGCAAAGGGAGAGGCGGAGGUUCGUACUGCAGAAGAUGAGGAGAAAGAUGUGUGUAAUGACUCGAAGAACGAAAAAGAAGAGGAUUCAGGAGAACAAGAAUACAUCACGGAUAUUAUGGAAAAUUUAACUGAGAAGAAACUCAAGAUACCGUCUUACAAAUAUUGCCGUCAAAAUCAUAUCUUUAUUGGCAAAUCUAUGGUCAAGGAGGUCCAAGGAUUUUAUUGCGAGCGUUGCCGAAGAUUUAUGCUCUUAGCUGAAGAUAUGAACGCUCAUCUACGCAGCAUCACGCAUUAUCGGAACUUUGUGGCAGAAGUAAAGUCAUUAACAUUGAAUGUGCCAACUACAGAGUCGAAAGAAACUGAACAAAUUGAUAAUGAGAAAAAUGUUGAAGUUAAGGAAGAUUGUGAUGUACAUUGGAAACGUCGUAAGAUUAGUCAUGAUGAAAAUGAUGAUGACAAGCCGAAGGAGCAGCAAGAGAGUAGUGCUGAUAAUGUAAAUGUAACACCGAAGAGAUCGGACGGAGAGGAGAAGUAUGAUCCAUUGGAAGCCGAUGCUGCCGAAUCGGAGGAGGAGGAAAAUCGCGAAGCGGAGGAGGAUACGAAAGAGACCGCCGUGGAAGACGCUACUAAUAUACAGGAUGUAAAACCUUCAGUUGAUGAAGUGUGGGCAGAUAUGGAUAAUGACAAUGAUGUUGAAAUGGGUAACCUGAUCGAUGAAGCGGAUGAAAAAGAACAUGUCGAACCUGAAAAGUCUGUACCGAAGAUAGAACGAAAUCAUAGUCCUCAAAUGAAACAACCUAGAGGUCGCGGAUUCGUACGCGGUCGCGGUGGUCCGCGUGCCAGGAGAUCUCGGCGAUAAGAUAAUGCCGAUUUAUGGAAAUAUGAAAGUAAAUGUGAGAAAAAAAUAACGUUGACAUAAGAAAAAUUUAAUUCCGUAUCUCAUAUUCAUUCGGAUAAGUUUUAAUGAAUAGAACACGUUUUUAUCACCGAAGCGUGGGAUAUUAAUAUACAUAUUAAUAUUGCACAUUAUAUUAAUAUUAACAUUAUAACAGAACAUACAUCCUUGGUCAAAAUAUUAGGCACCUAUAUUCUUUUUAUUAAUCGGAAAUUAUAUCGCUUGAAAAAUUAUAUUAUUUGCAGCGACGGCCGAACUUAAUCGAAGACUUUUAAAGUUCCAAAUUAAAAAUGUCGAUAACAGUGACAUUUUAAAUUCAAUUCUUACAUUAUUAUUCUGUCUUACUCAAACGCAUACAUCUAUCCUUAUUUAACAUAUUGCAAUGCCAUUUUUGCAAGAUCGAGUAACUACUAGUCACAAUUACUGCUUUGUUUACAGUCUUUGCUAAGCAUACACGUAUACAUGCAAUUUGCAAAUCAAUAAAAAUCUUUUUUUAAGCUUUUAAUCUUAGUUUUAUAAACACAAUAUUGUUCGUUCACAUAAUCGAACGAACAAUGCAAUGUUAUUUUGUCCAAAGGACCCAUAAAACUGUUAUAUUAAGGAAACGUCUAUGUCAGAUGAUAGCUCUAGGAGUUGCAAAAUAAGUAAGCUUUUUUUGAUUUUUAGGUUAAAAUAUACCAUCUUCUAAUUUUUGCGUCUAAUUCUGUAAAAGGAUUUUGUAUUUCAUUCAGUCAAUUCGGAGAUUUUUAUAUAACUGUAAUGUUUCGAUGAUUUGACCACUCCAGAUACUCUAUUCUGUAACUUGUUAAAACAGUAACGACAUUGUUGCGCAGCUUUUUAUACUAUAAAAUAUCUUCGCAAUAAUAUCGUUACUAUCUUAACGAAUUACAAAAUACGAACUCAGAAGGAGGGGGGAGGGUAACGAUCAUCUAGGAGUGGAACCGUGAAAAUUUUUAUGGGUGUACGUAUGUAUGUACGUAUGAUGUAUAUAUAUAUAUAUACACACAGGGUGUUUCUUAAAUAGCGGACACUAAUCAUAUAGCGUAAUUCCUAAUUAAAAAUUGAGCCGAAAAAUCUUCCACAAUUUUUACAAUGUUGAUGAAAUAUUAAUUUCUAAAUAUUGCCGAAUAAGCGCGUAUCCGGCUGCCCAAUUAUUAAUUAUCGCGAAAAUUACAAAAUGGUAGAGGACUUUUCGACUCAAUUUUUAAUUAGGAAUAACUAUAUGAUUAGUGUCCGCUAUUUAAGAAAUACUCAUAGUGUGUGUGUGUGUGUGUGCGUGCGUGUGUGUGUGUGUGUGUGUGCGUGCGUGUGUGUGUGUGUACAUAUAUAUACAUAUAUAUACAUAUAUAUAUUUACAAAUGGCAUCCAAGAAACUUCAACAUGUCAUUCAUCGCUUGUGAUGUCAGAUUCAAUAUGGCCACAACAGCUACUUAAGAGCUUAAGGGAAUGCCUAGGUAGCGAUCAUGUAUGCCAUUUGUAAAUAAAGAGAAUUUGUAAAAAAAAAAUAAUCGCUUAUAAAAAUGAGCCGCCCUUCUCCCUUACAAUCAGUAAAUAGUCGUAAAAGGCAUGUAAAGUGAAAAUAGACGCAUGUGCAUUAAGAGUUUAUUCAAACAGCAAAUGACAUAAAUCAAUUUUUGAACUUGAAUGUUAAAUAAUGGUUAAUAAAAUGCCUAAUAUUUUUUGACCAAGAUUGUACAUGAUGAUUGAUGGUAAUUCAGAGCAAACAAGCUAAUGUGUUUUAUCAUCAUUUUGACGUCAGUGAUGAUAGAUAGCUUGUUUGCUAGGAAGUUCUUAAUUAUAAGUUUAUAACUAUAAACAACUUAGGGAGCGUUUAUAUUAACCGUAACCAUGAUGUAAGAAUACAAGGUGUACCAUUGCAUAUAAUGGCGAUAUCAUUCAAAUUUUGACCUCUAUACAUUUUCCUGUGUAUAAUAGCGUUGGAAUAGCCAAUCAAAUUUUGCCCUCAAAUUCACUCCUACUACGCAUCUUCGGGAAUGGUACAUCUUGUCUGUACCGUAACCGUAUGUUGUAAUGUGUAAAAAUUGAUCAAUCGAGUAUUCCCUUCUUACAGUUGAAUGAGAGGGGAAUACCUGACUGUGAUUAGUCGAUUCUUAUAAAUUACGGUAUACGACCAAUAUAAACGCUCUCUUAUACAUUAGCACCAUGGAGAGAUUCAGAAUUUUUUUUAUACAAAUGAUGAGCUCUUCUCUUUAGCUACAACCAUGAUAAUCUUUCUAUUAGUGUAUUCGAUUUACUGAUUCAACCCGAUUCUGAGUCAAUGAUCUGUUCUGUUUAACUGCAAAAGAAGAGCUGAAUUGUGCAAGAAAUGCAGUUAAAAAGAACAGAUCGUUGAGUUGGAGUCAGAUCGAGUCGGUAAAUCGAAUACUCUGUAUAUCAUAUUUUAAAAUCAUUGCUGACUACACACACACAC